GAUGGACGGCGCUAUCCUUGCAUGGCAUGUGGAGGAAGGGGACGAGUCAUAUGCUGUGGUUGCCGUGGUCAAGGCUUUAGUAAAUGCAUCUGCUGCCUUGGCACAGGGAAGAUCCUGGAGUUCACCAAGCUAAAGGUCAAAUGGACUAAUCACACAGAUAAGGAGUAUGUGGCAGAGCAGGCCUGUGGCAUCAGAGAGGAGAAACUUCAUAAAGUGUCGGGGAAGAGAAUCUACAAGGAUACACAUCAGCUGGUAAAUUAUGUGAGAGACUUUGCUGAUCCUGCUGUGGUUGAAGCAUCACAAAGGCUGGUGAAAGAACACCAUAACGCUUUCAUCUCCAAUCACUCACGCAUACGGCAGCAGCGCCAGACCAUUGAGCUGAUCCCCAUCACUCGUGUCAGCUACACGUGGAAGGGGGAAUCCUUCGAGUACCUUGUGUUUGGGGAGGAGUGCAAAGUGACCACUGAGGACUACCCUGCCUCCUGCUGCUGCUGUGUCCUGUUGUAACCACUUGUGAAGAAGGCUGCAGUACACGUCUAAUCCAGUAGAGGGUGCUAUGUCCACGUACUGUGGCGUGUAUGGACGUGCACUGCAGCCCGAAGUGAAAUAUUUUUUUAUUUUAGCACACAUGAAAGA